AUGAAUAACAAUAUCCUUCUUCUGGUGUGCGUCUUGACGACGGCGACGGCGAUGAGCGCCGGUCGAAUGUACACGAGCAUAUCCGGUUUUCCGCAUCCGGUCAGCUACAUGCACAUCGACGGUGCGUACCCGAAACUGAACGUGAUCCAUCACCAGCAGGGAUCAUCGCCGCAGGUCGUCGUCGACGACGAAGAGACAAAAACGGAAGAGGCGAAAGAGCAGGUGGAGGAAGGCGGAAAGAAGUACGAGAACGAGGAUCGAUCGGCUUCAGGUGAAAAGGGCUCAGAGGGAUACGAGAAGGCCGACGGUUACGAGAAGGGUUCCAAGGGGGAGUACGAGAAGCAGGCGGACGAGGGUCACUACGACGAGUCCGGUGGAAAGAAGGCUUCCAACCACGAGGAGGCCGGUGAUUUCGAGGAGAACCACGAGGAGGGUGAAAGUUCGAAGGGCGGAAGCAACUCGGAAGCCGCUCACCACAAGAAGGGAUCGAAGACGACCGGUUUCCACAAGGUCUAUCACAAGGACGAGUACAAGAAGGAUCACACCUUCUACGAUGAAUCCGAUGCCAGUGGACACUACGACAAGUACGGAAAGGGACAUUCUGAACAUUCGUCGAAGGAGGGAAAGCAUCGCGAGGGUGGAAGCUCCAAGUCCGGCGGUGAGGAGAGCGAUUUCGGCAAGAAGGCGUCUUACGACAAGGGACAUCACAACAGCAAGGAUGCCGGACAUAAAGCUGAAGAUGGCAACGAAGAGUACCACAAGGAGCACGAGGAUUACGACAAGAAGGGCGGCGAGGAGAGCGGAAAAUCCUACGGCUACGAAAAGUCUGAUUCAUCUUAG